CCGGAAGCGGAUCUGCGCAGCGCCAGUCGUGUAGUCCGGAAGAAGUUGGGAGAAGGAGAAUGAAGAACCAGAAAGAACCAGGGAUGGCUGCCAUGCAGGGACAGUUGACAUUCAGGGAUGUGGCCAUCGAGUUCUCUCAGGAAGAGUGGGAAUGUCUGGACCCUGCACAGAGGGCUUUGCACAGGGAUGUUAUGUUGGAGAACUACAGCAACCUGGUCUCCCUGGGAGUCACACGUCCUAAUCUGAAUGUUAUGUCUAUGUUGGAACAACAAAAAGGGCCCUGGACUGUGGAGAGUGAGGCAAUAAUGACCAGAAAACCAAAUGGACAGGAAUACGUCAGAGCUAUGAGUGCAGUCAAGUCUCCUGAACAUAUAAUUAAAGAUUUACCACCAAAAGAGAGUGGCGAUUCAGGAGAAAUAGACCAGAAAAUGGUGUCAGAAAGAUAUAAAAGCAGUGACACUGAAGACUUUUUCUUCAGAGGAAUCCAGAAGAACAUACAGGAUUUUGAGUUUCAGUGGAAAGACAGUGAAAGGAAGUAUAAAUCCACCAAUAGUAAACAUCAAGAUAGUAGGAAGAAGACAGGAAAAUGCAUAAGGAACCUACUUGAACUGCAGUCAUUUCCAUCUGCAGAGAAUAUUGAUGAUAAUGAGGUUAAGUCUAUCACCAAUGUUUCUUCAAUUUCAUUAUCUCAAAGAAUUCCUCUCACUGGUGUCAAAGCACACAUUGUUCCUGAGUAUGAUGAUGAUAUUUAUUGUUCACUACUUAUGAAAAAACAGAAAGCACACAUUAAGGAAAAACCUUAUCAAUGUAAUGAGUGUGGCAAGGUCUUCAGUUAUACUUCUUCUCUGGCACAUCAUCAGCAAAUUCAUACUGGAGAGAAACUUUACAAAUGUGUUGAAUGUGGUAAGGCUUUUUUUCGACGUUCUUAUCUUUUGGUACAUGAGAGGCAUCAUACUGGAGCAAAACCUUACAAAUGUAGUGAAUGUGGCAAGGUUUUCACACAGAAUUCACACCUUACAAGUCAUCGGAGAAUUCAUACUGGUGAGAAACCAUACAAGUGUAAUGAAUGUGGCAAAGCCUUUAGUGUUCGUUCAAACCUAACUAAUCAUCAGGUAAUUCAUACUGGAGAAAAACCUUACAAAUGUAAUGAGUGUGGCAAGGUCUUCAGUCAAACUUCAAGCCUUGCGAUUCAUCGGAGAACUCAUACUGGAGAGAAACCUUACAGGUGCAACGAGUGUGGAAAAGUCUUUAGUUCACAUUCAAACCUAAAUACCCAUCAGAUAAUCCAUACAGGAGAAAAACCCUACAAAUGUUCAGAGUGUGGCAAGGUCUUUACUCAGAAUUCACACCUUGCAAAUCAUUGGAGAAUACAUACAGGAGAGAAACCAUACAAGUGUAAUGAGUGUGGAAAGGCCUUUAGUGUGUAUUCCAGCCUCACUACCCAUCAGGCAAUCCAUACUGGAGAAAAACCUUACAAGUGUGAUGAGUGUGGCAAGGUCUUUACUCAAAAUUCACAUCUUGCAAGUCAUCGUGGAGUCCACAGUGGCGAGAAACCUUACAAGUGUGAAGAAUGUGGCAAAGUCUUCAGUCAGACUUCAAAUCUUGCAAGACAUUGGAGGGUUCAUACUGGAGAGAAGCCUUACAAAUGCAAUGAGUGUGGCAAAGCUUUUAGUGUGCGUUCAAGCCUAACUUCCCAUCAGGUAAUCCAUACUGGAGAAAAACCUUACAAAUGUAAUGAAUGUGGCAAAGUCUUUAGUCAGACUUCAAGCCUUGCAAUUCAUCAGAGAAUUCAUACUGGGGAGAAACCUUACAGGUGCAAUGAGUGUGGAAAAGCUUUUAAUUCACAUUCAAACCUAAAUACCCAUCAGGUAAUCCAUAGUGGGCAAAAACCCUAUAAAUGUCUGGAAUGUGGCAAGGUCUUUACUCAAAAUUCACACUUGGCUAAUCAUCGCAGAACCCAUACAGGAGAGAAACCUUACAAGUGUAAUGAGUGUGGCAAAGCUUUCAGUGUGUACUCAAGUCUGACUACUCAUCAGGCAAUCCAUACUGGAGAAAAACCUUACAAGUGCAAUGAAUGUGGUAAAGUCUUCACUCAAAAUUCACACCUAGCAAGUCACCGUAGGACUCAUACUGGAGAAAAACCUUACAAGUGUGAUAAAUGUGGUAAAGCCUUUAGUGUACGUUCAAGCUUGACUACUCAUAGGCAAUCCAUACUGGAGAAAAACCUUACACAUGUAGUGAGUGUGGCAAAGUCUUUAGUCGAAGUUCCAACCUUUCAAGUCAUCGGAGACUUCAUAUUGGACAGAAGCAUAAAUGAAUAUAGCAGGGUCUUCAGCCACAGUUCACUUGCACAAUAUUCAGGAAUUCAGUCUUAAGAAAAUUAUUUUUAAUGAUAGAAAAAUACCUGUCAAGAGUUCAAGUACAUCACUGAAUGUGGUGGUAUGCAUGUAAACCACACAGUACUUGUCAGGCUGUUGUGAGACCAUCAAUCACCUAUGAUGUAUAGGAAGAACUUAAAUUUUAAAAAUGUCAAGCUUUUAUUGAAAUAUAUUAAGAAGCCAUUUCAUUCAUGUACAGCACAUGCUUUAUUACACGACUCCCACCUCUAGAAAUACCAAAAUAUACAUUGCUGAUGAAAUUGUCCACUUGGCACUUACUGAGGAAGGUGCUUAAUGACCAUUAUUGUGAAGGGUUUAUCAGAGUAAUAACUCCUCUUCCAUAGCUAUGUUACAGUCUACAGAAUAAUUGUUAAAAAACAACUAAAAAUCAAAAUAAGUUAAAACAUAUAUAUGGAAGUUGGAAGACUAUUUUGAUACACCUGGUUGCCUUCAGGUUAUAAAUUAUUCAUUUUGUUGUGUUUCUUUGCAAAGGCUGCCAUUUAUAAUUGUCAGCCUCAACUUUGUGUUGCUAGAAUGCUUACCUCAGGGGCUUUUUAUUGCAGCCUCUGGGAAAAAUGAAGAGAAGGGUCACAUUAGUAGGAAACAAGCAUGUUUCUAAUUUCUGAGCACUACUCUACCUUUUAAGUUAAAUAUUGCCUAAGUUAUUGUCCUAAUUUGUUUUAGUUGCUGUGAUAAACCCCAUGGCCAAAGCCAACUUGAAGAGGAAAGGGUUUAUUUCAUUAUGGAUUAUAUUCAAUCAAGGGAAGCCAGGGUAGAGGCUAGAGUAGGAACCUGGAGGCAGGAACUAAGGUAGACAAUAGAGAAAGGAUGCCUGUUCGUUUCAUUUAGCUUCUGUUAUACAACCCAGGACCAUCUAAUAAGGGGUGGUACUGCCCAGAGUGGCCUAGGCCCUCCCAGACUAGUCAUAAAUAAAAUGAUUGUCCGACAUGCCCAGAGUUCAGCCUGAUGGAGGCAUUUCCUUGAAGGUCCCUCUUCCCAGGUAACUCUAGUAGGUGUCAAUUUGACAAGGUGUAACCAGAACAUUUAUCAUAUGAAAGGAAUGGGAUAAUGUAAAAUUGCAACAUAAAGCUAUCAAGUUUAUUGUGUCUGAUUGGUGCUCUCCGUGAGGGAACAGCAAUUAAAUGGGAAAGGAAUUAAGGUACUAGAUGUUUUAUGAAGUGAGGAUAAUAGGCUAGUGGGGAAUGAAUUGUUUAGUAAAAUACAAAAGACAUCGUGACCAUCUACACUGAAUGACAAGAGCUUUCAGAGCAAAUAAUAAACAGUUAUUCUUACUUUUUAAUUUGAAGUGAAAAACAUUGUUAGAAUGGAAAAUUUAACCCAAAGAAUCAAAGUGUAGGUGCUGGCUUCAUAGGUAGUAGAGGAGCACUUGUUUUCCACAUGUGAGGCUCUAUGUUAAAUCCUUAACAGCACCAAAAGUAAAAAUGCACAAAAGCUUUCUUAAGGAUAAUAUUUAACUACGGUUGUUGAGCUUUGCCAUGGUUUUAUUUAAAAUGUAUCAUUUAUCCAAUUUUCAGUUAAUGAGAGUAAAACUUUUUCAUUCCUGCAAAUGUAUUUUUAUAUUCUUCUGUCUGUAUAGUCUCUUUGUGUAUCAGUACAGUGCUUACUCAUGGGAAAUGAAAAAAAUGGUGUGAAGCUCUUAAUGUUGAGGUUUCUAUAUUUUUUAUAUGAAAUCAAACGCCAUAACAUUUUAGGAACCAAUAAUCACUUUUCCAUGAACUUAUUCAGUCCAUGCCCCUAGGAAACUUGUGUAGGUAUAAUGGGCAUCCAGAAAGCCACAUAGUGCAGACUGCCAAAGUAAAGCUGACAUGUUUUGUGUAUAUACCUGUACACUUGAAGCUUCUCUUCAUAGUUGUGCAAUACUUCAGACAUUCCAUUGAUUGAUAUGAACUGUGAAGUCCUCACUCUGGUUGACUUUCCACAUCAAUAAAAAUUUAAAAACAACAGUA